AUGCAUUUAAAAAUUGUGUGUCUGAGUGAUGAAGUCAGGGAAAUGUACAAGAAUCAUAAAACACAUCAUGAAGGUGAUAGUGGAUUAGAUUUGUUUAUUGUAAAAGAUGAAGUACUAAAACCAAAGUCUACUACUUUUGUUAAGCUUGGAAUUAAGGCAAUAGCAUUACAAUAUAAAUCUAAUUAUUAUUAUAAAUGUGAAAAAACUGAAAAUAAAAAAAAAGAUGAUGAACAAUCCAAUAUUGUAAAUACAAGCUUUUUAUUAUUUCCUCGUAGCAGUAUAUCCAAAACACCACUGCGAUUAGCUAAUUCAAUUGGACUAAUUGAUGCAGGUUAUAGAGGAGAAAUUAUUGCUGCUCUGGAUAAUACUAGUGACCAAGAAUAUCACAUUAAAAAAAAUGAUAAAUUAGUACAAUUGGUCUCUUUUACAGGGGAACCACUUUCUUUUGAAUUAGUUGAGGAACUGGAUGAAACUUCCAGAGGAGAAGGUGGUUUUGGAUCGACAUCCAAUAAUAAAUAUUAA